AUGUUGUCCUUCAGGUGUUCUCUCGUACCUUGUUACGGUACGCUCGCCUCUGUGCGAUUCUCUGCAGUAUGCAGCCUAUGUUCUAGUCUCACUCCAGCAAUUGAUAGUUUAAAGUUGCUUCCUUAUCGCUUGUGGCAGAUUCGUAAGAAAACACUUGUUGUUUCUAUCUUUUCUCUGAAUUGUUUAUCCUUUGUGAAGUAUGAUUGUCUCCCAUAUGUUCCAUUCGGUUUGAGUGGCUGUGUUGAAGGGAGUAGUGUGCCCAAGAUUAUGUACGCUUCCAGGUUUGUUAUGUUAAAAGGCUCAUCCAUUUGGUGCUUUGUCGCCUUUGAUGCCGAACUUCUGAUUGUUAAAGCUGCUUCGUUUGCGGUUUCAAUCUGGGACGUUAGACCAGUACUUGUGUUCUCUAAUUCCCAAAGCCUCAUUUCACUUCCUAGCACGAUUGGCGUUGAGUUUCGAGGACUGCUCAGCGACAUUAAGUGUUGUUUAUGUGUUAUGUUUGCUCCUAUCUUAUGGUGUUGUAUCUCAUUACUCUGUUUUGCUAUGGAAGCAACAGAUGAUUUAGCCGGUUUGGCCUUGUUAUCAUUUGAUGUAAACAAUUUCUCCAGUUAUGGAGACUAA